AUGGCCUCAAUGAUCUCUGCUGCCGCAUUUGACAUGAUUUUUAUCCAAUUUUACAAUACGCCACACUGUUCUGCGGCAAGUUGGGCCAAGGCCAAUACAUCGUGGCUUUCUGACACGCCAAGCAAGGGUGCGACCAUCUACAUUACACUUCCCGGCAGCCCUGAAGCGGCAAACCAAGAAAACUACAUUUCGCCUUAUCAAGCUAGCAACCUCAUCAACUCGUUUUACUGCCGAUCAAAGUUUGGUGGCAUGGCGGUCUGGGAAGCCACUUACUCGGAGAACAACCGCCAACGUGGGUACACCUAUCACGCUUCCCUCAAGAAGCACCUAGUCGCCAUCGGAAACUAUCCUGGGGGUUGCAAGACUCGAGCUGUAGACCCCAGCCCGUCAGCAACUCCAGUCGGCGAGGCUCCAAAUUGCGGCCCGAGCAAGGGUGUUUGCUCCGGCGGCGAAUGCUGUAGCCAGUACAACUACUGCGGUCUCACAGAAGCUCACUGUGGAAGCGGCUGCCAGGAAUUGUUUGGCCACUGCGGCACGCAGCCAGCCGCCAUCUCACCUUCCGCCAAUGGACAGGGUCUGCCAAUCAGUUCCGACGGCAGCUGCGGCGCAGGCAGAGCGACGUGCCGAGGUUACGGAGAGCAUCAGUGUUGUAGUCAGUACGGGUAUUGCGGCAGUAUGACCGAGUACUGUGGGCAAGGCUGCCAGGCUGCUUUUGGAAUUUGCGAGUGA